AUGGUUUAAACUUUAAACUAAACAUCAUGGCUGUAAACGUGUGGGAAAGCGUUCCGGAAAACCCUAGUUUCAAAUAUUUACAAAAUAUAGAUAACUGGAAGCCAAGAGAAAAUCUGUAUCAGGUAUUACAAGGUAUCAGCAAAGCUCAUGUUGAAUCAUUUAAUUAUGUUUUAAGAGAAGGACUAACAAGAGCAGUUCAGGACAUAGUUCCAUUGGAACUUGAAUUACCAAAUGAAGAUCGUAUAAAGUUGGAAAUUAGGGAUGCUGUUAUUGGAUGUCCCACAAUUCACAAAGAUAGUAUUCAAGCUACAGAUUUUAGGGUUUAUCCAGUAGAGUGUCGUUCCCGGGGGACAACAUAUAAAGGUAAAUUGCAAUUGACAGUGGUGUGGAGUAAAAAUGGGAUUGUACAGGAUACUAUAGAGAAAAUAGUUGGAGAAGUUCCUGUAAUGGUCAAGUCAAAUGUUUGCAACAUUGCGAGAAUGACACAAAAGCAAUUGAUUAGGAAAGGAGAAGAGCCAGAGGAGUUUGGAGGAUAUUUUAUUGUUAAUGGUAAUGAGAAGAUAGUUCGAAUGUUGAUUAUGCAGAGAAGAAAUUAU